GUCUCAGUACUAACUGCAUAGGAUCAGUCCCAAGAUGGCAUCCGAGCAGCACGACGAGCCGGAGGAAAUUCGCAGCUGGUCCGGCGAUUUUGAUCCAUUGGCCGACAAUGACGAGCGGCGAGUGCUCUUUGCUGCAUUUGACUCCUUCAGGUGCGUGUGAAGUGCAGAUAGCCCACUCGGUCUGGUCGUGCGUUUUGUAUGUGAGACGAUGCUACGUCGAUGAAGGGUCUUGUCUAUGGCCAUACAGAUUACGCUCUGAUGCAAGAGCGUUUAGUUAUGUAGCGACCGAGAAUCUCCGCUGACCUUGACAGGCAAUACCGGAGAACGGCUCACAUGAAUACAACGCACCGUCGACGCCAGGCAUUCUACGCACUUCCCUCCGCGCACUGGCAGAUGCUGGCCGAGCCGCCCUUUUCGAUCCUGGAGAACUUCAACCGGGUGGACGACGCCAUCGAUGUGAACGCCGAGAUUGCAGAUGCGAUCCUGGCCACAGGCCUCUCGUCGUUCGGCCUGGCUGCGAACCCAGACCCCGAGGAUCCACGCCAGAACUGGCACGGGACGGCAAACUCAUCCGAUGUCAACAAGGCGCACUCGACCCUGAGGCAGUUCUACCGAGACUGGAGCGCUGAGGGCAAAGCCGAGCGAGAAGUGUGCUAUGACCCUGUCCUUCGUGACUUGCGCGACGAGUUCGGCCAGCGGGCUGGCUCGGAGGAAGAAGAAGUUCGGGUGCUCGUGCCUGGCGCUGGCUUGGGUAGGUUGGUGUUUGAAAUCUGCAAGGCAGGUUUUGCUGCCGAAGGGAACGAGAUCUCCUAUCAUCAGUUGCUGGCCAGCAGCUGGAUCCUGAACCACACGCUCGGUCCCCAGCAGCAUGCGCUGUACCCACAUGCUCUGCAUUUCUCCAAUCUCUUAUCCAGGGAUCAACAGCUGCAGAAAGUCAUGAUCCCCGACGCGCAUCCGGGGACAGCCAUGAUGGAGGCCCAAGCCAACGCGACGCCGUUCGGGCGGAUGAGUAUGUCAGCUGCUGACUUCACGGUGCUCUACCGCAAUCCGAGUAACGAGGGAGUGUUCGACGCGGUAGCGACGGUCUUCUUCAUCGACACCGCGCCGAAUCUCAUCCGGUAUAUCGAGGCCAUCCGACACUGCCUCAAACCCAACGGCAUCUGGAUCAACGUCGGACCGUUAUUGUGGCAUUUCGAGGACGGGAGCAACCGCAGUCACGGCGGAAACAACGAGGAACACGAUCAAGGGAUUGGCGAGCCCGGGAAUGUGGAGCUGACGGAGGCAGAAGUGUUUUGCCUCGUGGAGCGAAUGGGCUUUGCGAUCGAGAAGCGUCAGCCCGCGCACGAGCGGCCGUUGUGUGGGUAUAUUCAAGACCCGGACAGCAUGCUGCUGCCUCUGUAUCGCCCGUCCCAUUGGAUAGCACGGAAGCAGAAUGCAUGAAGUUCGUACUCUUGGGACUUUUGUAGAUGAGUUUGUAG